UGAAAAAAUCGAACGUUUCAUUGAUGACAAUAAAGCGCUAAUGCGGCGUAUGUAUGGCGACUUCGAAAUGGUACUUGAUAAUAAAGGGCCUCGACAGCAAACUAAAAAACGUAAAAGACGUUUUAUAGAUGAACCUGAUAUAUUUAUACCACCAGGAGCUUUUCCAGCAGUUAUACCAGAUGAUGAGACUCAUCCACAUGCCGAGGAAGCGGGUGAAAGUUAUUUUGGCAAAUUGCGAAAUAAACGACAGAGUUCCAAUCAAAAUCGGAACUCAAAUAAAAAUUCACAAAAUUUUGCACAAAAUGGACCUGGUAAUCCUGGUAGCACUGGUUCUUCAACUGGCAGACUUGAUGCUUGUGAAUCGAAAAUUGAAAUAGUGACACCAUAUUGGGCCUCGAACUCUGCGGGUAAAAUACGCGCAAUCGUGAAUACUCAGCACUUUGAACAAGCCAUCCAUCAAGAAAUAUGCUCAAAACCUCAAACUCCACGUUGUGAAAAUGAUUGCGGCUGUGAACAGAAAUACAAGUGGCAUCGUCUCUUGGCCUAUGAUCCUGACAACGAUUGUAAAGGCAUAUUUAUGGAUUGGUUUUUGUUCCCAUCUUGCUGCGUUUGUAGAUGCAAUCCUUAAAAUACGCCUAUAAAUGCGUUUGCAAGGAGGAAGUAACAGAAAUGAUAUGAAACCAACUUCAUUGCACCGAAAGUUGAUUUCGGUAACAAUUUAUAGACUUUAGUUUUAUCGAAAAGUUUGUUAAGUAUAAAUUGUUUACUAUAGAACAUAAUUCCAUGAUUCCUAGUAUAUUCUACCAAUAACGCCCUGUUCAAUAUACUUAAGUUAUGACUUAUUUUAAGAGAGUUAACAUCUGCCACAGACACUUCUCUAAGUGCCUCUGGGCAAAGGACAAUGAUUUAACUUUUAUGAACUAUUUUAGUUGUAGUUAUAAAAAAAAAUUAAAUUUAAUAAUAAAUAAAUAAAAUUCAUAUAUAUAACA